UUUAAGGGACUCUCUUUCUCUCUCUCUCCCUGUCUCUGUCUCUCUGGUUUUCUCCAUAAUCAUCCUCCUCCUUCCCGGGUCAUUGUCCUACAAAAACUCAGCAAAGCGGGCAGAAAGAAGGGGAAAGCGUGCCAGCACUACAAAGAAAAGCUUGAUAUCAUUCCAUUCCACCCUCCUCUCUCUCCCUCUCUCUUCCCCUGCUUUUUUACCUUCUUGCUCUCGUGAUACUUUCUUCUCUUGGGAAGGUUUAUGCCGGUCACAAUUUUUAGUCGUUCAGGUUUCGAGUCCUGCGUUGUUUGGCUCUCUGUCUCUUCGAAGAAGCUUGGUAGUCUGGUCCAACACUCGGAGGCUUUAAGGGAAGCUACUGAUGAAUUUGAAGUAAAAGGCUGUUUCUUUCUGUCCACUCCCAACUGGUAAAACUCAAAACACUACACGCAUGGAGCGAGUUUCAAGAAAUGGGGAGGCUACUCAGCUGCUAGAUUUCGUAGCAAAGGAGAGAGAGUGGCUCAUGAAGAGAUUUCAAGAGCAAAGCCAUGGCACUCCUCCUCCAGAGGACAAGGCGCUGGAGCUCAAGCUCGGCCCGCCUGGUGAUGAAGACCAGUCCAACAAAGACUUCACCAUGAACUACAAAUUAGAAAAGGACGAGUCUCUUCUCUCUCUUGGCUACUUCAACGGUGGAAAUCAAGCUCAAGCACAGAACUUUGCUCCAUAUCUCCAGUUCUCACCCUCCACCUCUCAGACCCAAUUGCCUGUUUUGGCAAAGGAUAUAUCUUCUGACACGGUGGACUUGCAGAACAAUAAUGAUGCAGAGAAAAAGAAAGCAUUUUCGCCAGCUUCUGCUGCUGCAAUUACAGCUGUGCCCAACAGCUCUCAGAAAAGGACUGCUCCAGCUCCAGUUGUUGGGUGGCCGCCACUGCGAUCGUUCAGGAAAAAUCUCGCUAUCGGCGACAGCCAUGGAAAUCCAGCCCCCAAGACUCAUCACAACGCGGUCUCGAGCAAAAUAGUCAGUGAAAAGCCUGCUGAAAGAAGUGGAAAAGGCUUGUUCGUGAAGAUUUACAUGGACGGUGUCCCCAUUGGCAGGAAAGUGGAUCUCAAUGCCUAUGACAGUUACCUAAAACUGUCUGCUGCUGUCGAUGAACUCUUCCGAGGCCUUCUUGCAGCGCAAAGAGAUUCCUCUGGCUGUGGAAUCAAGAACACGCAAGAGGAAGAGAAGCCUAUUACAGGUUUACUUGACGGAAGAGGGGAAUAUACUCUUGUUUAUGAGGACUACGAAGGAGACAGGAUGCUUGUUGGCGAUGUUCCUUGGCAUAUGUUCAUAUCGACCGUGAAGAGACUGCGUGUUUUCAAGAGCUCUGAGAUUUCUGUGCUAAGUGCCGGUGGACAGAAGCAAGACAAGACAUUGUCGGAUUCUGCCAUGCGAUGAGCAGACUCUUGAGAGGGAUUUUCGCAUGAAGGAGGGAUUCAGUUCGGAUUCGCACUCAAUAUUGAAAUGCAUAUAACGAUUGAUAGAGUAUCAAUAUCCUUAUCUUAUCUUACCGCUUGUAAGUUCACACUUUUUGUGAGGACAGAUUCAAUUGUGUCCAAACACUUCUCGUAUUACUCGGCCUCAUGUAAGAAAUGCAUUUUUCCAGAGCCGCGAAAUCGGGUCACACGCCCAAGGCGAGUAGAUCUUUUUUUUCCUUUUCUGGAGUUGCUGCUGUGUUGGUUAUGUAAGGAAGAACACGGGUUUCUCUAUGGAAGGCCUAAUGAUGUUCUUAAGA